UAUAUACUUAUUUUAAACUUUAAAUAAAUGUUUAUUUAAACAUAUUGUUGAACAAAUAUGUCAUUAGCAGAUGAAUUAUUAGCAGAUCUUGAAGAAAAUGAUAGUGAUCGUAUUGCAGAAGAACCAGAACCGGAUUUUAUUCCGACUUCUGUUUCUAAAACUAUCGAAGAAGAAAUAAAAGUAGCAUCUGUAAGAGAAUUGGCAAAACUUCGUGAUUCCAUUCAAUUACAAAAAGUAAUGUCUCAAAUAGAAAAAUACAGCAAAAUUCCUAGAAAAUCAGCAGAUAUCAUUGGACCUGUUGAAUCCGAUCCAGAAUAUCAACUUAUUGUUGAAGCUAAUAAUAUGGCUGUAGAUAUUGACGAUGAAAUAGCUACUAUACAUCGAUUUACAAGAGAUAAGUAUUCUAAAAGAUUUCCAGAAUUGGAAUCUUUAGUUGUUGGUCCAUUGGAAUAUGUAAUGACAGUUAGAGAACUAGGAAAUGAUUUAGAUAGAGCAAAGAACAAUGAAACAUUACAACAAUUUCUUACUCAAGCAACAAUUAUGGUUGUUUCAGUUACUGCUUCAACAACACAGGGACAAUUAUUAACAGAAGAAGAAAAGGAGGCUAUUUGUGAGGCUUGUGAUAUGGCAGUAGAAUUGAAUAAUUGCAAAUUAAAAAUAUUUGAAUAUGUUGAAAGUAGAAUGGCAUUUAUUGCACCAAAUCUUUCAAUAAUAGUGGGUGCAUCUACAGCAGCAAAAAUUAUGGGUGUUGCAGGAGGAUUAACAAAACUUUCAAAAAUGCCAGCUUGCAAUGUUCUAGUUUUGGGAUCUCAAAAAACCACAUUAUCUGGAUUUUCUCAAGUAGCGACUCUUCCUCAUACUGGAUUUAUAUAUUAUUCUGAUAUCGUACAAGAAACACCCCCAGAUUUACGAAGAAAGGCAGCAAGACUUGUAGCAGCGAAAAGUAUGUUAGCUGCUCGAGUUGAUGCGUGUCAUGAAAGUACAGACGGCCAUAUCGGUCAAAUGUUCCGCGAAGAGAUUGAGAAAAAACUUGAUAAGCUUCAAGAACCACCUCCUGUAAAAUUUGUGAAACCUUUACCAAAACCUAUUGAUCCAGGACGUAAGAAACGUGGUGGUAAACGUGUAAGAAAAAUGAAAGAACGUUAUGCUAUUACUGAAUUCAGGAAACAUGCAAAUAGAAUGAAUUUUGCCGAUAUUGAAAAUGAUGCCUAUCAAGAAGAUCUUGGUUAUUCACGAGGAACAAUUGGCAAAGCAGGAACGGGUCGUAUCCGAUUACCGCAAAUUGAUGAAAAAACAAAAGUACGAAUAUCAAAAACACUUCAAAAAAAUUUACAAAAACAGCAACAAUGGGGUGGUAGUACAACGGUUAAGAAACAAGUUUCCGGUACAGCAUCAAGUGUUGCAUUUACUCCAUUACAGGGCUUAGAAAUUGUAAAUCCACAAGCAGCAGAAAAGAAAGUAAAUGAAGCUAAUGCUAAAUAUUUUUCAAAUACAGCUGGAUUUUUAAAAGUGAAAAAGACAUGAUAAAAUUGUACAUAAUGUAAAGUAUAAUAUAUCAUUAAUUAAGUAAAU